AAUGGGGAAAGGGCUGACCAGAAAGGAACAGAAUUAGGGCAAGACAGAGUUGCCUUUGACGUUCUUCCCCAAAUUGCUCGUCUUUGGUCGCCGGAGAUUCAUCAAAUCCCAUCUGCAGUCGCUUUUCACAAUAUUUUCGUCAUGAGAUGAGGGCGCUGGAGGAAACGGUUGCGCCCUUGCCUAUACUGCGGACGAGCAACGGAACGGAGAGUGACGGAUCGAUUGGGUUCUCCCUAUGGUGGAGCUCCGGGUGUCACGAGCAAUGGUGGCUGGAAGUCGGCCUCGUCAUCGCAUCAUUUCUCUUCUUGGUUUUCCUGCUCUCGCAGACGAAGAAGAGCUUUCCAAAGCUCUUGCAUGGCCGUUCGCACGUAAUGAUCGCCUAUUAUUCUAUUCUCUGGAUCGUUGCCGUCCUCAACUUCCUGUGGUGCUUGCUGCAGGCGUGGGAAUGUAAUGCUGGCAAGGAGGUUGCGUGGAACCUUUUGUCAUUGUUCACCACUAGUGGGAUGUUAUUUUUAGAAGUUAGUUUGCUGGCUUUCUUGCUUCGAGGCAACCGUCUCAGUGGCUUGGAUUCUUUAACGCGUAUACUGAUUAUAUCAGGGUUCAUUGUCUGUGUGGACAUCUUUCUGAAGGCAACCUAUAUAUUUGGUUUUGGAGUGCCUUUAUUUGUAGACACCAAGAAGAAUUCAAGCAGCCAUAAAUGGGGUUUGUGGGCCUUCCACAAGCUAUUGCUCACAUUGGUUUAUGCUUUAGUUUUUGCAAUGUACCAUACAAAAUGGAGAGACAGGUUGCCAGCAAGGCCUGCAUUUUAUAAAUAUACAACUGCAAUGCUACUUGUCAAUGGGGUGGCACUUUUUGCUUGUGCACUGAUGGGGAGUGGUUAUGGAAUUGGCCUCUGGUUUUGCAGCCUUGUCAUCUAUCAUGCCUUUUAUCUUCCUCUCACCUACCUGACCUUUCUCGCUGAUUUUUUCCUGGAGGAGGAUCUCCAUUUGGAAAAUGCCUACUACUCUGAGAUGAUGGAUGCUGGAUUCUUCGAUUCCGAUUGGGAAUGAACUUUCUGAUUGCAUGGAGCACAGCAAAAGCAGCCUCUCCCCCACCAAUAUAUACAAAUGUAAAUUAACAUGGCUGACCUUGUAACCAAGCCAAAGCAUCCGCAAUGUUUGUUAUGUAAUACAAAAAGGACAACAAUAUGUAAGCAACUGUGGCAAAUGAAGACCUCACAAAGUGGAGAUUUCGCAAUACAAAAUGGGUUAGUUUCAAAAAUAUCAAAUCCGAUAUUCUUAUGAGGGG